AUAAGUGUAAGCAUACACAUGCAACGAAACAAGUGCGUCACUUUAAUACAUCCCAUCAUCCAUAAUUCAUGAUAGAUGGAUGGAUGGAUGGAUAUGAUGCCAUCCAUCAUCAUCAUCAUCAUUCCAUGGAAACAAAGGAAGGGAGUGAAGGGGGAAAAAUAAAAGAAAAUUCAAUCUAAUGGAAUGAAAUUUUGACGUCCGCAAAGGACAAUACAAACACACUCUUUCUCUCUCUAGAUACAGCGAAGAAGAACAGGGCACGUACUGAGACAAGAAAAAAGAAAAAGCAGAAGAAUUGAUUUAAGAGGAGAGCAAAAAGAAGGUUUUUUUUUUGUUUGGUUUAAAUUUUUUUUGGUGAAGUGUAAACAUAUUAAUUGCUUCAGUUUAUUGAAGCAAAAAAGAAAAAAAGAAAAAAAAGAGAAGAAGAAUUGAAGAGAAAGAGAGUUUAAAAGACAUUUUGGUAUUUUUAGUUUUGGGUAUGUUUUGAUUGAAAUCAAAGCUUUGGAGAUUUGGGAAACUUUCUUUACUUUUUUAUUUUCUUUCCCCUUCUUCUUUGUUUAUCUUUUGACAGUAACUGUGGGAAUUUUUCAACGCUGGAAUUCGAGGGAAAGCCAUUCUAGUGUUGCUUGACUGUAAAUGUUAGAAUGCUCAGAAUCAGAGUUUCUUCUUGGGAUUCGGUUUUCUUUGGUAAUGGCCGCUUGUAUGGUGGAACAGAAAGCUAUAUGCUCAGGCACCGAACUGAUCCCUUGUUAUUUUUCCACAAUGAGGACUGGAAAGUUAAAAGCAGCCAAGUUGGGCUGAUUUCUUGAACUCUGCGGCUGAUUUUUUUGUGUUUUGUUCUAUUAACUGUAGUUUAUUUAGUUGAAUUCAUGUUGUUUUAGAUAGUUGUUACAGUUUUGUGAGUGAGUGAGUUUUAGGCAGUUAUUCUUGAAACAUGGUGCCAUUAGGGCCUUCUACUCCAAUAGGUGGUGCGCAGUCUGUUCCGUCAUCUCUUUUGCGAACAAAUUCAGGGAUGCUAGGAUCACAAGGCGGUGGUCUUCCUUCUCAAUCUGGGUUUCCUUCAUUAGUGUCUCCUCGUACUCAGUUUAAUAAUAUGAAUAUGCUCGGGAAUGUGCCUAAUGUUUCUUCCCUUCUAAAUCAGUCAUUUGGGAAUGGGGGUCCAAACCCUCAGCUUUCUGGUCCUGGGAGUGGCCAGCGUGGAGGAAUCGAUUCAGGGGCUGAAUCCGAUCCACUUUCAAAUGUGGGUACUGGGAUGGGGUUUAAUGCCCCAUCGUCAUUUGUGCCAUCGAACAUGGCAAACCCUGGGUCGUCUGGUCAAGUUCAAGGUCAGCAGUAUUCUAACCUUUCUGGUAACCAUAUUUUACCAGAUCAACAACAGCCCCAACAACCGGAGUCACAGCAGUUCCAACAUGGUCAACAAGGGAUGCAACAGGUCUCUGCCCCUCACAACACCCAACAAGGACAGCUGCAGCAGCAGCAACAGUUUCAAUCUAUUAGAGGAGGGAUGGCUGGUGUUGGGGCUGUCAAAUUGGAGCCACAACUGACUAAUGAUCAGCACAGCCAGCCACAGCAGUUGCAAUCGCUGAGAAAUCUUGCUCCUGUGAAAUUGGAACCACAACAAAUCCCGCCUUCAAGAACUUUGGCACAGGUAAAAAUGGAACCUCAACAUUCAGAUCAGUCGUUUUUGCAUCAGCAGCAACAACAGCAGCAGCAACAGCAGCAGCAGUUGCUCCAAAUGUCACGACAGCCCCCACAAACUGCUGCCGCCCAAAUCAGUCUUUUGCAUCAACAAAGACUCUUGCAGCUACAACAGCAACACCACCACCAACAACUUUUGAAAGCAAUGCCUCAACAAAGGCCUCAAUUACCACAGCAGUUUCAACAGCAGAAUUUGCCUUUGAGAUCACCUGUGAAAUCAGCAUAUGAGCCUGGGAUGUGUGCUCGGCGACUGACACAUUACAUGUAUCAGCAACAACAUAGACCUGAAGACAACAAUAUUGAAUUCUGGAGAAAGUUUGUUGCUGAGUACUUUGCGCCAAAUGCCAAAAAGAAGUGGUGCGUUUCUAUGUAUGGAAAUGGCCGCCAAACAACUGGUGUUUUCCCUCAGGAUGUAUGGCACUGUGAAAUAUGCAAUAGGAAGCCAGGACGUGGUUUUGAGGCGACUGUUGAGGUUCUCCCUAGGCUUUUCAAAAUUAAAUAUGAAAGUGGUACUUUGGAAGAACUUCUUUAUGUUGAUAUGCCCCGUGAGUAUCAGAAUUCAUCAGGACAAAUUGUCCUGGACUAUGCAAAAGCAAUACAAGAAAGUGUUUUUGAGCAGCUUCGUGUUGUUCGUGAUGGUCAGCUUAGGAUAGUUUUCUCCCCAGAUCUGAAGAUUUGUUCUUGGGAAUUUUGUGCUCGGCGUCACGAGGAACUCAUCCCUAGAAGAUUAUUGAUACCUCAGGUUAGUCAACUUGGGGCUGCAGCUCAAAAGUAUCAAGCUGCAACACAAAAUGCAUCAACAAAUUUAUCUGCUCCAGAUUUGCAGAAUAACUGUAACUUGUUUGUAGCAUCGGCUCGGCAAUUGGCUAAAGCCUUGGAAGUGCCAUUGGUAAAUGAUUUGGGUUAUACAAAGAGAUAUGUGAGGUGUCUUCAGAUAUCUGAAGUGGUUAAUAGUAUGAAAGACUUGAUUGAUUACAGUAGAGAAACAAGGACUGGACCCAUGGAGAGUUUGGCCAAGUUCCCUCGAAGAACGAGCACUUCAUCUGGUUUUCAUGCACAAUCUCAACAGCCUGAGGAACAGCAUCAGCAACAGCAGCAGACACCACAACAGCAAAUGAUGACCCAGAGCUCUAAUGGUGAUCAAAGUUCUGCCCAGGCUUCUGGGAUGCAGCUUGCUGCUAACAAUGGUGUGGCUAAUGUAAAUAACUCGCUUAAUGUAGCAUCUGCAUCAACAUCUGCUGGCACCAUUGCUGGGCCUCUACACCAGAAUUCCAUGAACUCCAGACAGCAGAAUUCUAUGAAUAGUGCAAGCAGUCCCUAUGGUGGAAACUCUGUGCAGAUCCCGUCCCCUGGUUCGUCUAGCACAAUACCCCAAACACAAGCAAAUCCUUCUCCAUUUCAAUCGCCAACACCUUCCUCAUCUAAUAAUCCUCCUCAAGCUCCGCAUGGUGCCUUAGCAGCUUCAAGUCACAUGAGUUCUGCAAAUUCUCCAGCAAUGAACAUGCCUAUACAGCAGCCAGCUCUUUCCAGUGAGGCGGAUCCCAAUGAAUCCCAAAGCUCUGUUCAGAAAAUCAUUCAUGAAAUAAUGUCUAGCCAACUUAAUAACACUGGCGGCAUGGUUGGUGCUGGCACUCUAGGCAAUGAUGUGAAGAGCAUAAAUGGAAUGCUGCCACCGAGUAACAACACAGUUCUCAACGGUGGCAACACUUUGGUCGGUAAUGGAACCAUCAGCAAUAAUUCAGUUAUUGGUGGUGUGGGGUUUGGUUCAACGAGUGGUGGACUAGGGCAGUCUGCUAUGGUGAAUGGAAUCAGAGCCACAAUGGGAAAUAACCCUGUCAUGAAUGGAAGGAUGGGAAUGGCACAGAUGGCUCGGGAUCAGCUAAUGAAUCACCAACAACAGGAUAUGGGGAACCAGCUACUGAAUGGACUUGGAGCACUUAAUGGUUUUAAUAAUUAUCAAUUUGAUUGGAAACCUUCCCCAUGAAAGAAAGUGCAAAAAGCUGAUGGUUCUUUGAUUACAGCUGUGCUGUUGUGUGCAGCAUGGGAAUCGGCUGACUUGCCUGUGGCCCUGCCAGAUUCGUGGUACAAACACUAUAAUGAUAGAUCAAGGUCUUCCCCUCCCACUGUGUACUAAUUUCAGGAAAAAAGUGAAAAACAACAUAUAGCAUAGUGUUUUUAUCAAUGAAAUGUUAAAAGCAACUUUGAAGUUGCUCCAAUUUCCUAUUA